GCUGGGAAGCCCCGCCCUUUCCGUAGAUAUCUCUAGAAAGCCGCGCAGGAGCCCGAAAACAAAGACUGCGCACGCGCGGCGGCAGGGCCCGGGCAUUUUGCUGCGUCACCAGCCGCCGCCCGGCCUCACCACCCCUCGCUCGCUCGCACGCACGCACGUUCAUUCUCCUUUCUCGCGCCCCUUUUCCUACACUUUCCUCUUCUCCCCGACCAGAGGAGCCGCUCCGCGCGGUGCAUUCUGGGCACUCAGGUCGAGCCCGCCGCUGCCGCCGUCGCCUGAGGGGAGCGAGAAGAGGCCGCGACCGGGGAUAAAACGCCGGAGUCGCCACCGGAGAGGAGCCGACUCCUUCGCAGCAGCCGCCAGAGAGGCCCACCCACCCGCUCGCCCGUCCCCUUGCCCCGUUCACAAUGCAGCCUGCUUCUGCAAAGUGGUACGAUCGAAGGGACUAUGUCUUCAUUGAAUUUUGUGUUGAAGACAGUAAAGAUGUUAAUGUAAAUUUUGAAAAAUCCAAACUUACAUUCAGUUGUCUUGGAGGAAGUGAUAAUUUUAAACAUUUAAAUGAAAUUGAUCUUUUUCACUGUAUUGAUCCAAAUGAUUCCAAGCAUAAAAGAACGGACAGAUCAAUUUUAUGUUGUUUACGAAAAGGAGAAUCUGGCCAGUCAUGGCCAAGGUUAACAAAAGAAAGGGCAAAGCUUAAUUGGCUUAGUGUGGACUUCAAUAAUUGGAAAGACUGGGAAGAUGAUUCAGAUGAAGACAUGUCUAAUUUUGAUCGUUUUUCUGAGAUGAUGAACAACAUGGGUGGUGAUGAGGAUGUAGAUUUACCAGAAGUAGAUGGAGCAGAUGAUGAUUCACAAGACAGUGAUGAUGAAAAAAUGCCAGAUCUGGAGUAAGGAGUAUUGUCAUCACCUGGAUUUUGAGAAAGAUGAAUAACUUCUCCGCAAGAUUUCAUAAUUGAGAGAAUUCUGAGUUGAUAGCUCUAAAGGCAGAUGCUGUAUUUGCCUCCUUUAACCCAUUUUUCAACCUGUUUGUUUUUUAAAGGCUUCACUAAGGGUUGAUAUAUGUACCAUUGUAUGGGGCGAUUUUAAUCAGCUAAGGCAGUAACCUUAUGCAUGAACAUUUCCCAGACUUCCAUGAAGGUGUUGAGGUCCUAGGCAACUGAUAACAGCAGUUGUGAUAAAUAAAAACAUUUCACCUAAGUCUCCUUUUUUUCAUAACAUAGAUACUGACAUGAUAGGAAGUUCUCAGCUUAGGGAAAGAUAACUGAAUUUUAGAUUUUUAGAACAUGGACUCAAAAGUGGCUGAAACAAAUUGGCUGACACCUUAAACUGGUAACCUGUUGUUCCUCUCGUGUGUCCUUCCAGAUUGUUCCACUAAAGUUUAUUUUUCAAAAAAUUUACUUUACAUUAUUGUAUGUAAGUAAUCAUUUGUCAGUGUUCCAGAUGUAUCUUAGCUAAAACUAGUGAAUGCCCUAACUUAGAUGGUUUUUGAAGCCUAUACAUUUGGUAUUGUUUGGCCCUUAAGCUUUUACAUCUCUUAGCAUGGAGGACAAAGAAAGCUGUACGUCGUUGCUUGAGAAUCUGUACAUUUAGACCAGAUUUGUAUUUGCACUGUCAGUAUGGCAAAUGAGUGAAAAAAUGUUAAUACACUAUUGGGUUUUUUAUUUCUUUUUUUUUUUUUUGAUUCAGCUUAUACCAGGGCUGAAAACCUCAAUUUAUGUUCAUGACAGUGGGGAUUUUUUUAAAUGUCUACAUUCUUUCUAAUAAACUGUUGGAAGACUCCUUGGCUGUCCUUUUAAGUGUCUGGCUUACUGUAAUUUCAUGUAUUUACCAUUUACUGGAAUGGAGUUUUUAUUUGAGGAAGAAUUUGGGAUUAUUCCUCUGUUUGAAAAAGAGGCUUGCUGUAAUGUCACAGGAAACCUUUUUAAAGUGGAUCUGUAAUAGAAAAUUGUAGAUGCACUUUGCGGCAGUUGGAAAAGAAAGUGUUGUGAAUUGAUUGAAAUAAACUAAAUGUGUUGUCCUCCUAAA